UUCUUGUUCAAUCAAAACGGACGUUUUCACCCUAGUUCAAGUUUGAAAAUUCCGAUUCAAUAAGCCACAAAACCUGUGUUCUGAGUGGAAAUUUGUUUGCGUUACAGUUACCGACUUUUCUUAUUACCUUGAGAUCUUGGCGUGUGGUUUAAAUUUUCAAUGGCAGAACAUGGGAAGACUCUUUUUGAGAAACUUUCGGAAUUUAGAUAUCCAACAAUUAACAAGUACAGCCCGUCUUCGUUUGAUUGGCUUUUUGAUAUUGAAGAGGCUUUGCCGUUUCUCGAAUGGUUUUGUUCCAGUGUUCAACCUUCAAACCUUCUCACUUCUGCUGAGCUAAAGCAGUUUGAAUGCUUUGAAAAAGAAGGAUUCACUGUAUUGGAAGGGAAAAGAUUAAUAGAGGCAUCAAAUUCUCCUCCUAUGACCCCAAUGAUGGCUGGACUUGAAGCAGAACUCCAGGAGCUUCAGAAAAUAAAAGAUAGUCUACUUAUCCAAAGGCAACUUUGUGUUAACCAACUGAACAUUUGCAAUUCCAAAGCAAAAAGAUUCUUGAGGAAAAUAGCAGAUUUUGAUUCUAACAAUAUGGAUGAAGAAGCAAAAGAUCAAAGUGUUCUGUCGAAGUUGAAAUCCAAGGAUGCAUUGGUUACUGAAACUUUGCUAUCCAUUAAUCAAUCAUCAUCAAACAUCAUGAAAUUCCUGAAGGAAGAGAAACUUCUCUGCCAACAUUCAUUCAAGCAGUACUUAGCCUUGGAGGAUGAAUGUACUGCCAGUUUAACUAAUUAUGCCAACAAACAAUUUGAACAGAAUAUGGGGCAAAUGGGACAAAAUUCUGGUUUAGAAAUAUGCGCGUUCUUGCAAAUUGGACAAAAUGAUUUCGGAGGUCUGUUAGACGUCGAUGAAAAGAGGCGGUCGAUUCAAAAUUGGGAACUCAAUUGGUUACAGCAUCAGUUACCACUGUCCGAAGAAGAUAGGAUUGUCAAUGAAACAGAAGCUUUAGCGCUAAAAAAUGCUCUUGAUUUGAGCUGUCGAAUAUUUUCAGCACUUGUUGAUGGAAGUUUUACGUCACGUUGCCUUAUUGAAAACAGAAAUUACCUGAAUUCCCUGGAACAGGAAAACUUGCCGUCUUCAAAAGAGUUGGCAUCUUUGAAGAAUUGUGUCGUGAAUUCUAUCUCCAAAGCUACACUUUUACGUUUUUCUUCCAUCAUCAUCGGAGACUGCAGCUUAAAACUUGUUAGACAAGAAUUUUUUCUUGUCAAGCAAAAAGGAUUCCUCUGUCUACUUGUUGAACAAUGGGCAAGAGAGCAAUUAGUAUUACUUGCGUUACGGCUAGAAGGACAACAGAUGAAAACCUUACUAUCUACUGUAAAGAACGUUUCGCAAUACCUAUUCGGGGCCGAAUGCCAGCUUUCUGAGAGAACGGGUUUACUGGAUCGACUAGCGAAAUUGGAGGAUAAUCAUCGAAACAGAAAUACCAUUCCUAAACACGACGAGAUAUCCUGUACACUGAAAAUGAUGUUGGACCUUGAAUAUAAGCAAGAAAAUGUGCCAAUUGACUAUGGAGAGUUGAGUAAUUUGGCUAUAAUUUUGCAAAACCAAUAUAAGACAACUAAGUUGCAUGUAGGACAGCACAGGGAAAGAGUUGUAAGUCGACUAGAGGAUGUAGAAACGCAGGUAGUAAAACUAGAGAACUUGCUAUUCGAAGGUCCGCUAACCUGCGGCACACAGAAAUUUGCUAGUCUUUCGUGUCUCAAAGCGAAUCUGGAUUCCGUUGACAUGUUACGCGAAGAGGUUCAAAAACAAUUGAGACCUCGUAACAGAGAAUUUAAAAUCAAACUGGCUGUUUUAAAAAGCGAUUAUGUUGACGCCCUGGAACGUAAAUUGUGGGUAUUAUUUUAUGUAGAUGUAAAAUCCAUGAUAUGUAAAACUGAAGCUUUGCAAGCUAAAGCCACUUUACUGUAAACAUUUCCAUGGAUAUGUACACAACUAUACACACAAGUUAAUGUACCA